UGAAUAUUGACCUCGAUGCCGUUCCCCUUUACCUUCAACUUUUCUGUUCCAGGCCUCUCGAAUCCCUUCUAUAAACCUCCCAUACCGCAAACUUUAUCGAGGGACGUAAAUGAAGCCUUUUGUCAAUCUAGUUCAAUCACCAGUAGACCCGAAGAUGAAGAUGAUAUCCUCAAUCUCACUCCUAACUCUACUCAUCUGUCUCAGCGACAACCAAGUCCUCAAAGAAACUCGAAGAAACGAGGCUGGGAGCCGUCAUACCACGAAUCCAGUCACUCAAUGACCCAGACGACGUUGGCGUCCUCCAGUGGAUACCUGGACACUCCAGCGAAGUACCGGGCAUUGGCAGAAGGGCAGCUUGAAGAGACGUUUCAGUAUAUUCAAAACCCUGGGCCCGAGGUUGAUGGUGAGUGGACACAGAAAAAUUUUGUCAUGUUUUUUCCCCCAAGAUGAUCUUCGGGUAAGCCUUGCGGAGAAAAUGAGGCUUUGAUCAUCCGAUUUGGUUCAUUUAAGCAGGCGCUCUACACACGCCCCUUGCACACCUUCUUAUCUCCUGCAUGUCGCAAUGUGUAAACGCAUGCGCACUACGCAUUGCUGCCAUCGGUAUUUAUACUGUGGUCGUAUGCCAGGUGCUUCUUGCUCAUUUCAUACUAUUCCUACAUCACUUCUGGUUUCUUUUCUCUGCUUUUUCUCAACUUUUUCUCACUUGCUCUUCUUUUUUCAUGCGUCUCCUUUGCUUCCUUAUCAAUGUAGACGCUUUGCAACCACCUGCAAAACGCCGUCGCGGGCUCGCCGGCUCUAUUGUCUCAACCGCUCUGAGUGCUGCACUUAUCGGUACAGCCGUUGGGCUUACCGUCUAUCGCCUAUGGCGCGAUCGAGGAAAAGCCGAACCUCUUGCAAUGACUUACGAGCAACCUCCCCCACCCCCAUAUUCCGAAGCCGAAUCCCGAUCACGAUCACUCGAGAAGACCUCCUUACCGAACGCUCCGCCAGGUCUGAACGUCAUCCCACCCACACCUGUGAGGAGGAUUCAUCCGCAUAAGCCACAGCGGUCGACACCUCGUAGACGUCGUGUGAAGGCAGCGAACCUCGGAUUUACAUCCCCAUCUUCCAACGCUGUCUUUCCCAAACCCAAAGCCGAAUUCGACUUCUCAUUCCAAUCAACAUCGCAAUCUUCUUCCACUUCCAAGCAACUUGCCAAUGAGGUUGAGGUUGAAGACCAGAUGGACUGGAUUGGCGAUAAGCUCAGCAUGCUUAUCGAAGAGGGCAAACGAGCUCUAGGCCGAGAAGUCGUCGUAUCCAGCGAAUGUGCAGCAGAUGAAGUAGACGAUGGGUCUGGUGGGUGGGUUGAGGAACACGAAGAUGGUGGUCGUGGCAAAUCACGAUCUUCUUCCCCCCGGAGGGUGAGAAGGAAGGAAAGUCAGAGACGACUUGGGAUUAGACAUAGCCCUACAUCAUCGCAUUCCGGGUCUCUGCCUUCUUCGCCACCCUUCUCUUCUUCAACAUUCCCUGCAUCUCAGGCAAUGGCUUAUGGGUCUCUUGGCUCUACCGCUGUAGGUUCUGGCUCUGCUUGUGAGAGUCCAGAGAUCCGAGAGUCGAUGGAAAGGGCGAGGAGGAAGGCUAUGGAGGCUCGUGCUGCUCGUGCCGCAGGUGCUCCGUUUUCAUAACCUCUGCCGUAUCUCUUCUCUGCCUUUUCACCUUUUCAAGUUCACGACGUGAUGCCCUUUUUAUUUUUUGUUUUAUAACCGUCCAAGAUAUCUGGACCCACAAUACAAUUGUAUCAAUACUCACUCAUUCCUUCACAGGUCUUUCAUUUUAUGGCCGUCCAGAUAGAUCCAUCGGCUCUUAACUAAUUUAUGUCCCCACCCUCUCCUUGUUUUCGUUAUUCGUACUACACACUAUUUAGGUUUUUGGUAGAGGAAUUAAUAUAAACGCUAUAUCUUUACG